AUGUUACAAAAUCAGCUGAUCAAUAUUCGUAAAGGAAAUUCGACGAUUCUUGUUUAUCUUUAUGCAAUUAAAACCAUUGUUGAUUCACUUGCUACAAUCAGUGAAAAGGUUAAUGAAUCUGAUCUUAUGGUGUACAUUCUUAAUGGUUUAGGUCGAGCAUACGACAACUUUGUAAUUUCUGCUCAAAAUCGUGAGACAUCAUUCACUUUUGUUGAAAUUAAACCUAGAUCACUUAGCCAUGAGCAGUGGUUAACCGAUAAAGCACAAGAUAUUUCAAUGACCUUUGAUUCACAGCAUCCUUCUGCGUUUUAUGGUAGAAAUGUUAGCAACUCUGAUGGUGGUGGUAAACCUAAGUAUAAAUCAAAUAAUCAACAUACAUCCAAUUUCAAGAAUAAUCAAUAUACUUCUAGAUCUGAUUCUCGUGCUUCUUUAAAUUUCAAGAAUAGUAAAUUUCAUGCUGGUUCUGGAUCUGCACCUGGUAAUUUUGAUAAAUCUUUUGGCGAAAAUGGUGCAACAAGGCCUCAUAUUGAAUUCUCCAAAUUUGAAUGUCAAAUCUGUAGAUGUUUUGGACAUUUACGAGUCGAUGUUAUUACAGAUAUGCACCUGAUAAGAAGUGAAAAAGCGGGGGUCUAA